UCCCUCUCUUUGUCCCUCCUCUACAGUCGUCUCUCCAUCCAGCCGCGCAUCGCAUCCUGCUCCAGAGCACCUCCAGGAUGAUCCGCCGCUGCGCCGACAACCUUCACUUCACUUUCAUACUCAUUUAACCCUUCCCUCGGACCUCCGCCGGCCGCCCUGUUACACCCAUGCUCUGCCCUCCUCCUGAGAUGCGAUACCACUGCACAGUUUCCCGGAGAAUAUCUUCAUCUUCCGUCGCUCCGCGCUGAUAGAGAGCAUGCCCGACACGGGGACGGCAGCAGCAGCGGCAGGCGCCGCGGCAGCGGCGGCGGCCAGCAGCGGUGCGUCCACCGCCGGCGACGGCCCCGAGAGCUCCCGGCACCGACACCGAGCGCAGCAGGGAGACGCAGAGAGGCCGGACCCGGGCACUGCCCCGCCGCAAACCUCCUCCGGUGUACUGGAUAAGCUGUUUGGAAAGCGGCUACUGCAGGCUGGGAGACAUAUCAUGUCUCACAAGUCUUGGAUGAAAACGGUGCCCACAGAGAACUGUGAUGUCCUCAUGACAUUUGCAGACACUACAGAUGACCACACGUUGCUAUGGCUACUGAACCACAUCCGGCUGGGAAUCCCUGAGCUCAUCAUCCAAAUUCGACAUCAUAAGCACACACGAGUCUACGCAUUCUUCGUCACCGCCACAUAUGAAAAUUUACUGAGAGGUGCUGAGGAAAUGGGACUGAGGAAAGCGGUGAAGCCCGAGUUUGGUGGAGGAACACGAAGCUUCUCUUGUGAGGAAGACUACAUCUAUGAGAACAUUGAGAGCGAGCUGUGCUUCUUCACCUCACAGGAGAGGCAGAGCAUCAUUAAGUACUGGCUGGACAAUCUACGUGCCAAACAUGGGGAGGUGCUUCAUAAUAUCAACUUCCUGGAGGGCCAGCCAAUCAUCCCGGAGCUGAGUGCCAGAGGUGUGAUCCAGCAGGUGUUUCCCCUCCAUGAGCAGAGGAUCCUCAGUCAGUUGAUGAAGUCUUGGGUUCAGGCUGUUUGUGAGAAACAGCCUUUAGAUGAUAUCUGUGACUACUUCGGGGUGAAGAUCGCCAUGUAUUUUGCCUGGCUGGGUUUCUACACCACUUCUAUGUUGUAUCCCGCUGUGAUCGGCUUUGUGCUUUGGAUGCUCACAGAGUCGGAUCAGACGAGCCGUGACAUCUGCUGUGUGGUGUUUGCUCUGUUCAACGUGGUGUGGGCCACUCUGUUCCUGGAGCGCUGGAAGAGGAGGGGCGCUGAGCUGGCCUACAAGUGGGGAACGCUGGACACGCCGACUGAAUCCCUGGAGGAGCCGCGGCCUCAGUUCCGGGGAGUGAAGCGCUGCAGCCCCAUCACAGGAUGCGAGGAGUUCUACUAUCCUCCAUGGCGGAGGCGUGUGUUCAGAUGGCUGGUCAGCCUGCCCAUCUGUAUCCUCUGCCUCUGUUUUGUCUUCCUGGUCAUGCUCAUCUGCUUUGAGCUGCAGGAGUUUGUGAUGGGGAUCAAGGAAAUGCCUCGGCUAGCUCGCUUCAUCCCCAAAAUCAUGCUCGCUAUCACUGUGACCGCAUGUGACGAGGUGUAUAGGAAAAUUGCCUGCUGGCUCAAUGACAUGGAAAACUAUAGACUCCAGAGUGCCUAUGAGAAAAAUCUCAUCAUCAAAAUGGUUCUUUUUCAGUUUGUAAAUUCUUAUCUCAGCCUUUUUUACAUUGGAUUCUACCUCAAAGACAUGGAGCGCCUGAAAGAGAUGCUGGCCACUCUACUCAUCAUACGCCAGUUCCUUCAAAAUGUCAAGGAGGUGCUGCAGCCUUACCUGUACGAGCGCCACAAGCUGGGGGAGCUAACGCUGAGAGCUGUGUGGGACCUGCUGCUCUCAGUGCUGCUGAAAUAUGCCCGACUGGCAGCUGGAAAAGCCCAGGCUUCUCCCACUGACCAGGCCAUGCCAGGACCUGGUCUGAGGGGUACCAGGCCCGGACUGGGGCAGCCAGAAAGAAGGGAAAAGAAGUGUUUGAACGGGGGAUGUGGAGUGCCUGAUGAGGAGGAGGGAGGUGAGAGGGACGAGGCUGACAGCGGGAGGUUCAGUGAAGGAGAGACGGAGGAGGAAAGUUUGAUCGACUGCGGUUUGAAGCUGAGGAAAGUCAGCUUCAUAGAGAAGGUGGACAGAAGGCCUGCCUGUGCCGGGCCCCCCAUGGACCACAGUUUCCUGGAGGAGGGGAGCCCCACUAUGGUGGAAAAGGGAAUGGACCCUGCCUCUGUGUUUGAAAUGUGUGACGAUGACGAUGAUAAUGGCAUCCAUGAUGUGAAGGACGCAGUAGGAGGUGGGACUGAGGGAAUUAACGCUGCUUCUGCCGCUGCUGCUGCUGGCAGCGCUGCGUCGCUUCCUGCUGGGUCUGAGAGCAGCACGUCACUGCGUCACAGAAGAAGAGGCCGAAGCGCAGAGAGAGUCGAGGCUAAAACGAAAAGGGAAUCGUGGAUGGAUCCUCCUGAGGAGAGAGAGAGCACCACGCUCACUCAGGCUGAGAUGGAGAGCUGCAUGCAGACAUAUGCUGACACCUUCCAGGACUACCAGGAGAUGUUUGUCCAGUUUGGCUACGUGGUGCUCUUCUCCUCUGCCUUUCCUCUGGCUGCCAUGUGUGCUCUCAUCAACAACAUCAUUGAGAUCCGCAGUGAUGCCUUUAAGCUCUGCACUGGCCUGCAGAGGCCAUUUGGAAUCCGAGUAGAGAGCAUCGGCCAGUGGCAGACUGCGAUGGAAGCAAUGGGUCUGAUUGCCAUCAUUGUGAAUUGCUACCUGAUUGGUCAGUGUGGUCAGCUGCAGCGCCUCUUUCCGUGGCUCAGCCCUGAGAUGGCCAUCAUCUCCAUCGUCAUCCUCGAGCACUUUGCUAUCCUACUAAAGUACGUCAUCCAUGUGGCUAUUCCUGACAUUCCUACAUGGGUCCGAGAAGAGAUGGCUAAACUGGACUACCAGCGCAGAGAGGCCUUUAAGAAGCACGAGCGGCAGGCACAGCAGCACUACCAGCAGCUGCAGAGGAGGAAGAGGGAGGAGGAAGAGCGUCAGCGACAGGCGGAGCAUAUGGCCCGCAGAGAGAGGGAGCGGGAUGACAGCAAAGGUGACUCCUCUGGGGAUCACCACCACGACAAAAGUCAUGGCAGCAAGUCACGUUCUGGAGGUGGAGGAGGCAGUGGGUCGGACAAGCCCAAGAGGCCCAGCUCCCUGCUGGCCAAUAAUAACGUGAUGAAGCUGAAACAGAUCAUCCCGCUGCAGAGCAAGUUCUCCUCAGGCGGUGCACGAUCCCCUCAGUCGCCCACCGGCAGCGAGCCCAAACUGCCCGGGUUCCUGAGCUUCAAAUUCCUCAAGUCACCUGAGAAUAAGAAGGAAGGUGCUGCAGCUUCUGUGGCCACCGCCACAGCCACUAACACCACGGCAACAGCAUCGUCAUCAUCAUCAUCCUCAUUAUCAGGUAGCAGCUCUCAAGAGCGUUCUCAGUCACCCAGCAAAGCCUUCAACCCUGGGAAACUGUUUAACUUUGGGAAAUCUGAGGGAGGAACAUGUGUGAACGGGGCUCCGCUGCCCAGAUCUGGAGAAGGAUCAUCAUCACAGACAUCAGAGAGACAGCCCUCACGAUCUGACUUGAAUGGUGUUCCAGAUGAGAUCCCCUCACCUGGAGGGGAAGGGUCCGAGAACGGUCAUUCAACAGACCUGGACCCUGCCGGUUCUAAAAUCUAGUGGCUCCAGAGAGAAUAAAAAAACUUGUCUUUGGUUCCAUCCUCACUGAAGAGGUGAUGUGUUUACUGUGAGGAAAGGCCUGACCUACCUUCUGUGCUGUCACAGGCCAUGUGUAGAAGUACGUGAAGCAGAGCGGAGAUGAAACUGAUGAGAGACGACUGCUGUUUUGGUUUGCUUUUUUGCUGACAGACAAAAAAACAGGCUUUGUAAGACAGACGUAAGCCCUUCUAUCAUGACCGAAAAAAAAAACACACACGUACACACACACACGCUCCCUUACACACACACACAAACAUACAAAUACUUCCUUGUCUGCAAUACAUAAAGAAAUGCAUGAGCUGCGUUUCUAAUAUUUUUAAGCCUUUAAAGCAGAGAGCUGUGUUUCUUGAUUUCUUCUAGUCAGAAAUUGUAAGCGUCUCUGCGGCCUCACGUUAGGACAUAACAGCCUGCUGUGGAGGACAGAGAUUUCAAAAACUUACAUGGUGGUAUGAAAGGAUUGCCGAUAAAAUAACUACUGAGAGUGUUUUUUUAGGUGUCGCAACACAAGUGAUCAUUAGAUGUCUGUCUCAUUUUACCUGUGAGGAAUUCUUGGGCCCUUCACUUUUGUACUGAAGUGGAAAAAUGGAAAAGCAAUAUCAGUCAGUGUUUUAAUAAUUCUUAUCAAGAUCCCCUCCUUAAUAAUCACCCGAUGUAUCACCAGCUUUAUUUUCAAAGCAGAGGUGAUGUCUGAGCUUUGAACACUUCCUCCCAUCCCUGUGGCAAAAAAAACAAAACUGAUUUGUUUGAAGUAAAGAGCUUAGUAAGUCCAGUUAUCAGAACCAUUAUUUCUCCCAAGAAUGCAAAAUGGAGGGUAGACUAGAAAAAAGGGAAACGAAAUAAAUACGUAAAUAAAUUUUUAAAAAAAGGAAAACCAGAUGAAGGUGGUUUUGAGAAAAUGGAGCAUGGAUGCCUGUUGCGCGCUGUUCUCCAUCCAAGCCCAUAGAGCACCUUGUAAACACAGAUGGUGCUUCUCUCCACAACACUCGACCCAGACUUGGCAAAUGAGCAUCGACUUAAAGAAGUAACAUUUGCACUGAACCUUGAUGCCCUGCAUAGGAACGCAUCUUUCUGUGCAGGAGAGAGGCCCGACACCAGCCUGCCUCAUUACGUUAUGCAAACGCUGGAUUUUCUUCAUUUUUGUUUCCUCUUUUCACAUGGUGUUGGCGAUCUUUCUCACCUGUCCCUGCUCUCAGAAAAUCUGGGAUUUCAGAAUAUACAGACGAGCCUGUGUUUUGUUUUGUAUUUACAAUAGCUGGUCUCCAUAUUGCUUUUGUAUGCACUUUUUUGCAGAUGAUGGAAGUUUCCUUUUUUACAACUAAAGCAGUAUUUUUAGAUUAUACUGUAAACCCAGGAUGUACCGUACUCUACAAACAGCUUAGGCACUACAAGAAAGUGAGGAUUCUUUCGAAAAUAGAAUAAUUACUCUUAGAUUAAAGUGCAGUCAACAAACAAAAAAACGCAACAAAGAUGUGUCUGAGUCGCACCAUCUGUUGCUGAAGACAGUGCUUUACAACCCUGAAUAUAUGGUUGUUAACUUGAAUCGUAUCCAUGAUGGAUGAGAAUAUAAGCAUAUAAAAGUGCCUAAGACGUUUGCAUAGUACUGUAUUGUCUGUAUAUUCUGUUGUACUUCAACACUACUUAUGGUUAAAAAGAAAUCUUCAAGUAACCAAUCCCAUCAUCGAGCAUUUAACAGGUAUUUCACUUCUGCGGGGCCUCCAGAAGGUGGCGCCAGUUCAUCCGCAUAGAACAACGUUUGGAUUCAUGAUUGUGUUUUCUCCUAACAUCUGUCACUCGUCAUCAGUGUUCAGCAGAGGCGGCAAAACUUUGGUGUCUGGCGUCAGUUUAGGUGCACUUUGAAAGAGAAACGCAUUAUAAAGUCAUUAGCAGAGGUACACGCUGACAGGUUUUAGAGGCCAUUGCACUGUACUGUAGGCUGAGAGAAGGAAACAUUAACUAUGCAUUUCCACACGUUCACCUCCAGCAAGGAUUCUGGCAAUAACACUGAGUUGAGGUUGACUUUUAGUACAAUAUAACGCUAGGCUAAUCUCCCCGCCUCCAGCUCCUACUGCGUUCUCCCCAUCCCAGACUCUAUGCAUCUUUUCUUUGUGUCCCCUCACUUGUCACUGUUGGUGUCAGCUCCCUCCUGUCUCACACUUCAUGUAAAGAAUCUGCCCUGAUCCACAAUUAAAACAAUCAUUUAUUUCAUCGGCUGCUUUGUGUUUACAGAACUUGACAACUAAUAACAGUUUUUUUGGGGGGUUUUGUUGCUGCUUCAUGUUUCAGUUUUCUAAGCGUAGUCCAUUUUCCAGGCACCCGCCUAAGAAAAGAGAUGAAAAUGUACUUCCACAGACGGGCAAAAAGAUCUUAUUGGUAUUAAAUGCAAUACGGGAACAGACAGGAUGUCAGUUUGAGUGUCCCAGGUAUCAUUUUACUGUCAUUCUGCGGUACGUUCUUUUUUAUAUCUGGAAGCCACUGUUCAUUAUAAAUGUAAAACGAGAAGUGCAAGGCUGAGAGACAUUUUAUACCUGUAGUGUCUUUGUGUAUCAUUCUUACAGUUAAAGGGGACGACAGAGAUCAGGAUGAUACAACGUAGCUGAGAACAGUUUAAUGAAACCUAUUGGAUAUCAGGGAUGAAUGACAUCAUGAUGCAAUAGAGUCCAUUCAUCGUCAUUUGAACAUUUGCGCAGAGAGGAUGUGACUGAAAUGUGAAAGCAGAGAUCAGGGCUCGGUGAAGAGGAGUUUGGAUUCUGCUUUAUUCAAGUUAGCAGCUUCAUAGAGUAGAAAUGGAUAGCAUAAAAAAAAUUCACUUCUUUCAACCUUGCACUCUCAGCUGCAGCAAAACAUUUGGCAUCCUGUUAUUAUAGAGGUCUUGAAAUAAGCAUUAAUUGAGGUGAAGUAACAGAUUUCGAACAGCUUUUGGUUUAACCGAAAACUACAUCCUAUACCAGAAAGGGCAGCAUCACCGUUCUAUGGAGCCAAGCGCAGGAAUCCCCUCGUAUUAGAACUGCGGCUCAGACGGCUGAGACUCCUCACACAUCUCUAAUUCACUAUCAAAGCAACGGUGUUUCUACAAGAGUUUGGGCUUAUCUUCAGCGUACAGGAACUAUCAACGUGAAAUCAGUGGUAAAGGACUGAGUGGAUUUAGUAAAUGAAAUGUGUUCUGGAUUUUCAGAGUGGAUGUGAAGAGGUUACAGCUACAUUAAAACCUGACCCUAACCUCAAAGUUGAGACAUUUUCAUGGAAGCCUCACUUACAGAACAUCAUACGCUCUUCCAAUGUACCACUGUACAAAAAAAAAGAUCUUUUAAAGAAAAAAUACUGGGAAAUGGGAUUAUUUAUUUCUUUUAAUUUAUUUUGUCAUAUUUUUGUAAGACCUGAAAAAUAGUUAAUAAAACUAUUUCAAAUGCA